AUGCGGGGCAAACUGCAGCAAAUAUCCGACCGCAAACACGAAACCGGAGAAGAAAGUUUAUGCUGUUUAUUUUGCCACUUGCACUUCACCAGCAGCAGCAUCAUCAUCCGGUACAGAGAGCAUCAUCAUCUUGGGAAUGGGACCAGAUUGAGGAAACUAACCCCAGCUCAAAACCCAAGGCCCGAACGAGAGAUGGCGUUCCAUCUAACUCCGUCUCCUGGGAAUUUUUCUCCUAGUUCAUGUCCUAGUCCAUGUCCUAGUCCAUGUCCUAGUCCAUGUCCUAGUCCAUGUCCUAGUCCAUGUCCUAGUCCAUGUCCUAGUCCAUGUCCUAGUCCAUGUCCUAGUCCAUGUCCUAGUCCAUGUCCUAGUCCAUGUCCUAGUCCAUGUCCUAGUCCAUGUCCUAGUCCAUGUCCUAGUCCAUGUCCUAGUCCAUGUCCUAGUCCAUGUCCUAGUCCAUGUCCUAGUCCAUGUCCUAGUCCAUGUCCUAGUCCAUGUCCUAGUCCAUGUCCUAGUCCAUGUCCUAGUCCAUGUCCUAGUCCAUGUCCUAGUCCAUGUCCUAGUCCAUGUCCUAGUCCAUGUCCUAGUCCAUGUCCUAGUCCAUGUCCUAGUCCAUGUCCUAGUCCAUGUCCUAGUCCAUGUCCUAGUCCAUGUCCUAGUCCAUGUCCUAGUCCAUGUCCUAGUCCAUGUCCUAGUCCAUGUCCUAGUCCAUGUCCUAGUCCAUGUCCUAGUCCAUGUCCUAGUCCAUGUCCUAGUCCAUGUCCUAGUCCAUGUCCUAGUCCAUGUCCUAGUCCAUGUCCUAGUCCAUGUCCUAGUCCAUGUCCUAGUCCAUGUCCUAGUCCAUGUCCUAGUCCAUGUCCUAGUCCAUGUCCUAGUCCAUGUCCUAGUCCAUGUCCUAGUCCAUGUCCUAGUCCAUGUCCUAGUCCAUGUCCUAGUCCAUGUCCUAGUCCAUGUCCUAGUCCAUGUCCUAGUCCAUGUCCUAGUCCAUGUCCUAGUCCAUGUCCUAGUCCAUGUCCUAGUCCAUGUCCUAGUCCAUGUCCUAGUCCAUGUCCUAGUCCAUGUCCUAGUCCAUGUCCUAGUCCAUGUCCUAGUCCAUGUCCUAAUCCUUUUCCUAUUUCAUGUCCUAGUUCAUGUCCUAAAGCUCCGUUGCAUGGUCCGGACAACUUCCGUAAGCUGCACUUGGCAUCCGAAAUCUUUUUUCCGGUGCCAUUUCACCCCUGA